CGGGCCGGGGGCGGGGCCCGGCUCGGACCACGCGGGGCGGAGCCCGGGAGCUGACGCGACCGCUCCGCCCCCCGGGCCUUAACCGGCCGCCGCCGCCGCCGUGGACCGAGCGCGGAGAGCAGGAGGCUCGGACCGAAGGCCGACGCCGGGCGCCCCGCCUCCCCGCCUCCCCGCCUGCCAUGGCCAAGCCCCGUGCUCUGGCGGCCGCCGCACCCGCGUCCGGAAAGGCCAAGCUGACGCACCCGGGGAAGGCGAUCCUGGCAGGCGGCCUGGCGGGCGGCAUUGAAAUUUGCAUCACCUUCCCCACCGAAUACGUGAAGACACAGUUGCAGCUGGACGAGCGCUCGCACCCUCCGCGGUACCGGGGUAUUGGGGACUGCGUGCGGCAGACAGUCCGCAGCCAUGGCGUCCUGGGCCUGUACCGAGGCCUCAGCUCCCUGCUCUACGGCUCCAUCCCCAAAGCGGCCGUCAGGUUCGGGAUGUUUGAGUUCCUCAGCAACCACAUGCGAGAUCCCCAGGGACGCCUGGACAGCACCCGGGGACUGCUGUGCGGCCUGGGUGCUGGUGUGGCGGAAGCUGUAGUGGUCGUGUGCCCCAUGGAGACCAUCAAGGUGAAGUUCAUCCACGACCAGACCUCUCCCAACCCCAAGUACAGAGGAUUCUUCCACGGGGUCAGGGAGAUUGUGCGAGAACAAGGGCUGAAGGGGACCUACCAGGGCCUCACAGCCACCGUGCUGAAGCAGGGAUCUAACCAGGCCAUCCGCUUCUUCGUCAUGACUUCCCUGCGAAACUGGUACAAGGGGGACAACCCCAACAAGCCCAUGAACCCACUGAUCACCGGAGUGUUUGGAGCUGUCGCUGGCGCAGCCAGUGUCUUCGGGAACACUCCUCUGGACGUGAUCAAGACCCGGAUGCAGGGCUUGGAGGCGCACAAAUACCGGAAUACGUGGGACUGUGGCUUGCAGAUCCUGAGGAAUGAGGGGCUCAAGGCAUUCUACAAGGGCACCAUCCCCCGCCUGGGCCGGGUCUGCCUGGACGUGGCCAUCGUGUUUGUCAUCUACGAUGAAGUGGUGAAGCUACUCAACAAAGUGUGGAAGACAGACUGAGUCCCCGAGGGGGUCUGCAUGGGGGUUGGCCGAGGUGCCUCCAGACCAGUCCCCACUGCCCUCUUCUCACGAUUCUAGUGCAGUCGUGCCAAAAGGCCCCUUUUCCCUGUUCCUUGCACUCCAUGGCCUGGGUCUGUCCCCUGCAGCCAUCGAGUCCACAUGUCCCUUAGUGCCAGGUGUCCCGUGGUGUGUUAUGACACCACCAUUGUGUCCAUGUGUCCGGCCAAGGCUGGGUGUCCCUCUGGCCUGUGAAUCUGUGCCCACUUGUCCAUGUGCUUACUCAUGAGCCGUGUGCCUGUGUUUCAUGUUCUGUGUGACGUGACCUUGUGCCCCACUUCCCGGGGUGCCCAUGUGGCUUGGGUCCACGGCCCUGUAGCCAUGGCCCGGUCCCAGCCCGGUGCCUUCCACCCUGGGCAGCAGGGGCAUGUGCCCCGGCCUACCACAGCUGCCUCCGGGCCUCAGCCUGGCCUCACCGCAUUCCAGGGGCUACAUGCCCCCUGCUUCUCCCACCACUGGCCUUAACUGGCCCUUGGGCCCUCCCUCCGCCCGGGACAGGUUGGCACCUGCCACUCUCAGGACCACCCUCCCAUGGCAGAAUAAACCGGAUCCUGUCGCAG